UUUUCUUGCUUCCUUCUUUUUUCUUUUAGUGUAUCUCUGGGAAUCACUUCUUUUUGUAUGACGACCAGUGCCAUUUAUAGGCCGUUCACGCAAAAGACAAAUAAAUUAUAUAUCCAUCACCUUUUAACGUUUUUUUUCCACUUUUCUCCCUUCUUUCCUUUUCGAUUCCCACGAAAAACCGAUACUGAUUUCUCCAUUCUUUUUCAACCUCUCCCAACUUCGAUACAACAUCAUCGAUAACUAAGCAACAUAUCAACAGCAACAGAAUAACAACAACAUAUGGCAACACACGCGACAGACUAUCAGGAUGGUCGCAUGCCGCUUGCCACCACUGCUGCUGACGACACUCAGUACCUCGACCGCAGCACCCAGGGCAGCAAUCGCAGCGUCGACGAAGGCAUCAUGGAAGAAUACUCGGAGAAGCCGCCACCACCACCACGACGACGAUUCUACAAGCAAAAGAAAUACUGGAUCAUCUGCUCCAUUAUCACCGUUAUCAUCGUCGUAGUAGUUGUCCUGCUGAUCGUCUUUGUAUUCUUCCCAAUGAUUGCUCAGUCGAUCAUGAACAAGGCUGGCAUAGAAGUCCCAGAAGCAGAAAUUUCUUUCACGCCAGACGACAACCUAGCACGCCGCCAGGAACAGACGUAUGACAUGAACAGCACAUUCUAUAUGAAGAUGACCAGCAAACUGUCGCACACCGGCCCGUUCUCAGCGGACAUCUCAUUCCACAACCCUAUGAAUGUUUACUACAACGAUACCCUGCUGGGCACAAUCACCUUACCUGACACACACGUCUCCGGCGGCAGUGGUACGCUCGAGGCAACUACUCCGUUCUUGAUCGAAGAUACGGACUACUUUUCCCUAUUCGCCAAGGAGAUGCUUGCAAAAGAAACGUUCAUCUGGCGAAUGAAAGGCAAACUCGAUAUCACCGCAUUAAGCAGAACUGCAACUGUAGACCUGGAUAAAGAAAUUUAUCUCCAAGGUAUGAAUGGCUUCCCUGAAGUCAAGAUCACUUCGUUCGAGCUUCCCGGCGAUGCACCUGAAGGCGGUAUCCAGGUCUCUCUAGGCACACAAUUGAACAGUCCAUCACCUAUUGGUGUCCAGCUGGGUACGAUUGCCUUGCAGAUUGGUUACGACGGUGUCAAUCUCGGUCAAGUCACCACCGAAGGUGUUACUUUGAAGCAAGGCCCGAACGAUUUGGUGCUUAGCGGUGUCCUCCAGCCACAAACCGAGGCCGCCGACUUGGAGAAGGUUGGCGUUUUGUUCUCCAACUACAUCGCCGGUAUAAUGUCGCAAACCACUGCCACUGGCGUCUCUGCUGCUCCCGAUGGCACGAACGCGAUCGGUUGGCUCUCUGAAGGUUUCCAGUCCGUCCAGCUCAACGUUGAUUUGGGUGUCGAGCAACCGCUGAGCAUCAUCAAAGGCGUUAGCAUGGGCUACCUCGAUCUGGAAUUUAACUCAAACGCACCCUAUGCACCUGUCACCUCUGCACCAGCCGUCGUUGCCGACUUUUCGAUUCCAUUUGGCUUCUCGUUGAGCAUCACUGAAGUCUCGCAAGAGCUCAAGAUGGGUACCAACGACACUGGCGACUUUGCGACCCUCUCGGUUCCAUAUGUCCCUUCACAAAGCGACCAAGAUGCUGGCAAGCUGCAGUUCGCAAUGAACAACGUCACUAUUCAAGGCAUCUCGGGCAAGGAACAGCAGUUCAAUGACUUCACAUACCAGUUGACUGCGUCGGACCUUUAUUCUUUCCAGGUUGGCGGUAAUGCCAGCACCAAGACGUCGACUCCUAUUGGCAACAUUACCUUGUCGGGCAUUUCCUUCGAGGUUCCCACUGCUCUCCGCGGCUUGCAGUUCCUCAACGCCACAGCAACCACCAUCAAUGGUGUCGAUGUCACUGGCGGUACACCCGAGAAUUUGUUGUUGUCCAUCAAUGUUUCCAUGAACAACCCAUCCGACUUUAGCAUUGCUACUGGCGAUGUCAACUUUGCUUUCUUGGCCAGCAGCGAACAGCUCGGCAACGUCCAGCUCAGCAACUUGAAGUUGAACCGUGGUGCGAACGACGUCACUGCCAGCUCGACCUUUGAUCCCAAGAGUUCGAACGUUGGCCAAAACCUAUUGAGCACCUUUGUCAUGGGACAGAACAAUGACGUUGCCAUUUCCGGUUUCGACGGCUCAACCCCGAUCGAUUCGCUUGCCGGUGCCUUGGGUGCAAUUACCAUCACCACCAGUUUGCCUGGUUUAACUUCCAAGUUGGUGCAAGGCUCCAAGUUGACUGUCAACGAGGAUUCGCCCACGACUGGUAUCGUCGGUGUCCAAGUAUCUCUCGCCAACCCCUUCACGGCUGGAUUGACCAUCACCAAGGUUCUCUCGUCCGUUACAUACAAGGGCAUGCCCGUCGGUAACAUCAAUCAGGACAUCAGCGGCCAGCCUUUCGUCGUGGGAGGCCAUACCACAGCCGAGUCCAACCCGCUUCAGAUGACCAUGAAUAUUGAGCCUGCUGCUGUCGCCUUGUUGCUCCGCACCUUGGCUGUUGAUGCCAGCAUGGAUACUCGCGCACUGGAUGCUAUGCUGGGCAUGGGCGGUUUUUCGAUUGCUGGUCAAGAGGAUGUUUCUCCCAACUCGAACUUGUUCCAAGGCUUCAACAUUUCACAAUUUGUCAUGGAUGCUAUGCAGGUUCUCAAGGCCGAUCUCCAGCUGUCGUCGACAUUGACCAUCGGUGAAUACGAGAAUGACUUGGCUUUCUCGCAAGACGGCGUUAGCGUCCAAACAGGUCCUGAUGUCACUCUUUUGAUCCCGAUCGUUGGUCAACCUAUCGUGCAGCAAAUCGUCGACGGUGCCGACCUUGCUUUCGAGACCAUCAUCCUGUCGUCGCCCACUGAUUCAAGCUUUAAGGUCCAGAUGGUGGGUAGUAUCAGCAAUGCUGGCCCAAUGGAUGCUGAGAUUGCCUUCCCUGAACCGCUCGUUGUCUACUGGCAAGGCGCGGAACUUGGCAAGGUCAACAUGCCCACGAUUCAAUCCAAGGCAGAUGUUGGUGCAUCGUUUGACGUCUCUGGUGAUUUCACCGUGUCAAAUCAAGACACUAUGGGUAGCUUUGCCAGCUUCAUGAUCAACAACGCUGAUUUCCAAUGGAACAUUCAAGCUGGCGCUGUCGCAGUUACUGCUCUUGGCUUCCAAUUUACUGGUAUCACCAUGGACAAAUAUGUGACACUGCUUGGCGCCAACGGCUUCAAGGAUGCUGUAGUUAUCAAUUCGUUCGACUUGCCCUCAAACGAUCCCGCCGGUGGUAUCACACUGAAUGCCGAUACUUCGAUCAGCAACCCAAGUCAAGUCGGUUUCAGCUUGUCGAGUGCCAGCUUCAAUGCCAUCUACAAGGAUAUCCUUCUUGGUCCAUUGGCUUCAGAUGGUGCAGCCAACUUUGCUCCCAAGGCUACUUCCAACAUCAAGAUGAAGGGUCGCCUGAUUCCUCAAGAUACACAAGAGGGCUUGGAUGCCGUCACCGAGGUGUUCAAGAACUACCUUGCCGCCAAGGAUACUUUAAUUGAUGUUACCGGUGUUUCCGGUUCUGGUCCAAACGGCGAAGUCGGGUGGCUGACCGCUGGUUUCAAGACGAUCAAGAUCGAGGAUGUGAUCAUGCCUGGUCCUGACACGGCCCCCGAGUUGAUUCCAAGCAUCACCAUGAGAAACAUGCAGAUGGACUUCACCAAGGGCGCUUAUGCACCCAUUGCUGGUUCCACCCAGGUCGAAGCUCAGCUCAAGAAUCCAUUCGGUUUCCCUCUCGGUGUCACCCAACUCAACAUGGAUGUCAUUGCUGGUUAUGAAGGCACUGGCAUUGCCGAGCUCGCGAUUCCCGAUGAAGAGGCUUCGACAAGCGAAUCCGGGUUGGUCACGACGCAAUUCUCAAAUGUUCCAUUCGCUGUCUAUGACGAUCAGCACAGCCUGUUCGACGCUUUCGUCAUGCUAUUGACUUCGCAAUCCAACGUCACAUUUGAAUUGUCGGGUAGCAGCAACGCUGUUACGUCCACCGCCAUUGGUAGCCUCAAGCUUGAAAACAUCAACUUUGACGUCGAUACAAGCUUGGCCGGCUUCAACAAUUUCAACGGCAAGGCCGACAUUUUGAGCUUGGCAGUUACCGGUGCCACCAGUGAAUACAUCAUUGUUUCUUUGACCAUUUCUAUGAGCAACCCGUCGCAGAUUACUAUCACCCUCGGCAACAUGAAGCUCAAUGUCUUUAUGAACGAGUUCGAUGCCCAAGUUGGUGAUGUCUCUCUCAAGGACGUUACGAUCAAACCUGGCAACAACACCUUGGAGGCCGAGAUGCACAUGUUCAGCACCAACUUACAGGCACUCAGCCAGCUUUUGAGCAACUACAUGACUGCUGCUACUGUACCAUUGACCGUCAGAGGCUUUGACGGUUCAACCGAUAUUGAAUCGCUCAAGGAUGGCUUGUCCACUGUCAACCUUGCGACUAGCAUGACCGGUAUCACCGACAAGCUUGUUGUCGACGCCGUUGUCAACGCCGGUUUGGAAGCGGUUCUCGAACAAAAGGCUGAGACUCAAGUCACUUUGUACAACCCAUUGGAUACGCCUUUCACCUUACUCAAGGUUGUUGCUGAUAUUCACACUGAAAAUAACGACGAGUACUUCCAAGUUGGCAAAAUCGAUUACGUUUUGGAAUCGCCAAUGACCGUUGGCGCCAAGGAAUCAGCUCAAUCGCCUAACUGGCCUGUUACUGUCAUGGCUGAUCUUUUGCAACUUGUGAACCUUUUGCUCGCUCCUGACGUCAAGAUUGAUAUCGCCCAGAACGUCACCAUCAUGGUGGGCGGAGCCGAUGGUUUCGCCGGCGAGUUGUAUUACUACCAGAACCAGGUGCCGUGCACAAUCAACGCGGAUUUCUUAGGGUUGUCUAGAGGAGCCACAGGAAAUGCUACCGACACCGUCAUGUCACAGCUCCCCGACUCCGUACUCAGUAGUCUUGGUAUCGCGGCUCCUUCGUCUUCUGCUGCCCCUUCAGCCGCUUCAAGCCCUGCUGCCUCAGCCGACGACAGCUCUUCCGAGGAAGCUCAAGCAACGACCGCGCCAGAACCAUCCACAAGCAGCAGUGAUGACAGCAGUAAUGAUAGCACCAACAGUAGCAGCAGCGAUGAUAGCAGCAGCAGUGAUGACUCCUCCUCAUCAAGCGAUGACAGCAGCAGCAGCAGUGAUGACUCUUCGUCAUCAAGCGAUGCUACUACCGCCGAGUCUUCUCCAUCAUCUGAUGACAGCAGCGGCGGUUUAGGUAGUUUGCUGUGGCCUUUCAAGAUAUAAGUUUUUGAUUUGAAUUGAUUUCUCUACCUUUACUACCUUCUUUUCUUUCUUCUUAACCAAGUUUACCGGGCUUUCGAAUGUAAAAGUCAUUCCUUUCC